AUGAUUGAAUUCUAUCUCUCUCUCUCUCCCUCUCUCUUUCAUUCUCUCUCAUUCAUUUUUUUCUCUCUCACAAGCUCUCUCUCUCAUUCUCUCUCAUUCAUUCUCUCUUUCUCUCACAGGCUCUCACUCACUCUCGCCCUCACUCAGUCUUUCUCUACUCUCUCAUUCAUUCACUCACUCUUUCACUCUCUCUGUCUCUCUCACUCCCUCUCUCUCACUUUCUUUUUCAUUCUCAUUCAUUCCAUUCAUUCUCUCUUUCUAUCUUACAAGCUCUCUGUCUCUCAUUCUCUCUCACUCAUUCAAUUUCUCUUAUUCUCUCUUUCUCACUCUCCCCCAUACACUAUCUCAAUUCUCUCUUAUUCAUUCUCUCUUUCUCUCUUACACUCUCUCUUUCUCACUCACUCACUCACUCACUCACUCACUCUUUCAUUCAUUCUCUCUCACAGGCUCUCUCUCACUCACUCUCUAUCUCUAUCUUACUCUCCUACUGUCUCCCUCUCUCGCUCGCUCACACACACACACAAACACACACACUAUCCCAGGUUCAUUUACAGUACACGUACAAUAGCGGUACAAAGAACUUUAUUGAAAACCCAAUAUUCAGUCAGUCUCUCUUUCUCUCUCACAGGCCCUCUCUCCCUCCCUCCCUCCCUCCCUCCCUCCCUCCCUCCCUCCCCUCACUUAUUCACUUUUUCUCCUUCACUCUCUGUCUCACUUUCUCUUUCGUUCUCUCUCAUUCAUUCUCUCUCACGGGCUCUCUUUCACUCACUCUCACUCUCUCUAUCUUACUCUCCUACUGUCUCUCUCUCUCUAACCCCCCACCACAAUCCCAGGUUCAUUUACAUUAGCGGUAGAAAGAUCUUUAUUGAAAAUUUGAAUCCGUUAUGA